GUACCGUCAGCUAAUCUGCGUUUCCCAGGAUAGCCAGGGAUAUUUUGUGUUGGGAUUUGGCCUGCUGGUUGAGGUCAGAGUCAGGUGAGGGUUGCGUAAAGAUUUAAGGUCGGGGUUAGGGAUACGAUAGUUGUGGCUGACACUACACCGAGGCUGCGGAGGAUGAGUGUAUGACAGUUAGAAAUUCCGUUACUGUCCUAGGAAACGCAAACUGCUGAAGCGUCACUCGGUGUCAUGGCAGAGGUCCGCAAGCGUCGCGACGGAGACACGAGCAGAGGAGCGACAGCCGCCUAUCGCGACACGGGGACGCCGGGGCCUGGCGGGGGCUCGGCUGUGCUCCACAAGCUGCUGGCCGCCGUGUUUUACGGACUCAGCUCCUUCCUCAUCGUCGUCGUCAACAAAAGCGUCCUGAGCGGCUACAGAUUUCCCUCAUCAACAUGUGUUGGAAUUGGCCAAAUGCUGGCCACCGUUGUGGUUCUGAGGAGCGGGAAGGCGUUGGGUGUUAUCGCAUUUCCAGAUUUGGAUUUGAGUAUCCCAAGCAAGAUGUUCCCCCUGCCUCUGCUGUACGUUGGGAAUCAGGUUUCAGGACUGUUUGGGACGCAGCGACUCAAUCUGCCCAUGUUUACAGUUUUGAGGAGGUUCUCGAUUUUCCUCACCAUGGUGUUUGAGGGACUCCUGCUGAAGAAGAGUUUCUCUCGGUCUGUGAAGAUGACAGUUUUUGCCAUGAUCUUCGGGGCAUUCGUCGCUGCGAGCACUGAUUUAGCCUUUGACCUUCACGGUUACGUAUUCAUAAUGCUCAACAACGUCCUGACGGCGGCCAGCGGGGCGUGCGUGAAGCAGAAACUGGAUUCCAAGGAGCUGGGGAAAUAUGGCAUUCUCUACUACAACGCUUUGAUAAUGAUUUUCCCUACCAUGGCAUACGCGUACUACGCAGGGGACUUGCAAAUGGUGCUGGAGUUCCCUGGAUGGUCUGACCUGCUGUUUGCUGCUCAGUUUGUGCUGUCCUGUGUCAUGGGCUUCGUUUUAAUGUACUCCAUCGUGCUGUGCACCCAGUACAACUCGGCACUGACCACCUCCAUUGUGGGCUGUGUUAAGAAUAUUGUUGUCACAUACAUCGGGAUGGUGUUUGGCGGAGACUACAUUUUCACCUGGACCAACUUCAUUGGUCUAAACAUCAGCAUCGCUGGAAGCCUGGUGUACUCCUACAUCACCUUCGCACAGGAACAAUCAAGAAAGGCGUAAUCCAUGGAGUCCUGCCCAUCCAUUUUUUCUCCUUCCUGGGGGGAAAAACUGCUGAAAGACUGAAAGAAAACAUAUCAUGACUACAUUCCACUUUAUACAUGUAUGUAUGUAUGAGUAGAUAUAGUGAAUAUGGACAGAACUAUUUUGUAGACCAUUUGAAUGUUUGUAAUUGAUUUUAGGUAUCCAUUACAUUUCUUUGUGAAACAUUGAGUCAGCUGUCAAUUACUGGAACAAUCAUGUAUUUUUUUUUUUUUUUUUAUCAAAGAUUAAUAAUCUAUGGUACGAUCAUUACAUCUAUGAGGACAAAGUGCCUUAACUUUUUAUAAGAAAUUCAAAUUGCCUCAUUUCAUAAUGAUUGUAAACACUCAUGGACCGUUAUUUGUUUUAGAAAUUCUGAAAAUAAAUGUUUUUACAGUCUCUCAUUGCUGUAGCAAGUUUAAACGCUGGUUUGAAUCUCAAAAUAAAACAGUUCAGAGUAAUUCUUAAUACAUUUAUUAGUUAUAACCAACAUUAUUCCAUUCACAGCCAGUCUUGGUAUACACUUCAUUUUUAUUCAUGUUGUCAUUUAUGGAGAAAAAACAUACAACACAUAAGUUGUCCAAAAAAAAAGGAAAGAAAAGAAAAAAAAAUAAAGACUACAUGAAUCAACAUUGUUUGAGGCGUUCAAGACAAACUGUUUAUCUUAAUAACCUGUGAAUGUAAGUUCAAAUCUGGAGUACAAAGUAAAACACUGAAGCAUUAAACCGAACAGCUACUGUACCAAAAAAA